AUGGUCAUCUCAUCUAAAAACCAAAUGCAAAAAGCUAAACUCAAGACUUCACCUACUAAGGCCACNCUUAAACUCAUAUUAUAUAAAACUCUUCUACAACCACUCUGGUUGUACGGGGUAGUAAUCUGGGGUUCUGCUAAAAAAUCAAAUAAGAGAACUAUCCAAGCCUUCCAGAAUAUCUGCUGUCGUAUAAUAACUGGAGCACCCUGGUAUAUCUCCAACAAUGCAAUAAACUCUGACUUAAGAAUCUGCUCUGUCAACGAAACUGCCACUAUAUAUUACAAACGCUUCCACGCAAAAAUUAUAUUCCAACCCCAACCAGCUCAUCAGGGACCUUGCUACACCAGCACUACCCGGAAAUCCAACUAGACGACUCAAGCGGAAC